AUGACAUUUAGCUAUCAAGAUGGGAUCGCCUUGUUGCAGCUCAUCGCCUUCGUGCCCUGCCUCUUCCUCGCCGUUCUUUUGUGUUACCAGCAGGGGCUCAAGGCUGUGGCAUCAUGUUGGAGAUUCCUGAUUAUCCUCGCCUGUCUCCGAAUCGGAGGCGCUAUUUGCCAGCUCAUCACCAUCACUGACGACUCGACCGAGGUAGUCACCAUGAAGAUCACAUUUGACUUGCUGGGCAUCGCUCCCCUAACCCUGGCGGCCGUGGGAUUGCUGCAAAGAGUAAACGCCUCAAUCAACAAGCUCUCCAAAUGGAUCUUCAUCUUUGUCAGCAUCGUCAGUUUAGUGGGGCUGGCCCUCGGUAUCGCUGGCGCUGUCAAGGCCCUCGACAGCUACACCAUCCCCCGUAUGCUCCAAGCCGCCUUGGGCAUGUUCGUCGGCUGCUUGGGUCUUCUGCUGGCCAUUCUGGGGUACCUGACUAUCUACCGCGACGAGAUGCCUCGCAGCGAGAAGAUCAUCCUGUACUCUGUCUAUGCCUGUGUACCACUGCUCAUCGUGCGCACAAUCUACGGCUGCUUAGGUGACUACACGACUAUCAAGCGGUUCAACCUGUUUGAGCCCAACCCCACCGUCUAUCUUUGCAUGGGCGUCCUCGAGGAGAUUGUUCUUAUGAUUAUCUGCCUCUCUGUUGGCUUUUACUGCCCCCCGCCCAAGGAGCCUCAAUCUGAUGCCGCUGAUACGACGAAUCCGGACGAGACCAACAGUGUAGAGAAACACUCCUCUCCCCCCAGCGAUACCCUCUCUGACACUGUUGAUACUGUGAACAAGGAUAAAAUUGCUGAAGAGGGCCGCAUGGGGGUCUCGAUUGCGGAGGCGUUGUAA